AGCGACACGCUGCCUGCUGGCCUCGGGGUUUCUUCCUGGAACUUGAACGCUCCCGAAAACUCGUCGUUUCCUUUCUGACUCGUAAAUGUGAGCCACCAUCAGCCACGAUCCCUCGGAUACGAGAGAACGAAAGCUCGGAUCGAGCUUCCCCUCGUCGGGAGGAGGCGAGGAGGCGAGGAGGAGCAACAAUUCUCGACGAUUUUAGGUUAUAAGGGCCAGCGUUCGCCAGUUCGCCAAUGUAAACAGCGACGGGCAACUCGGGACUCGGACUGGUGUCCUCGGAUCUCGGUGGUCUCUCAGUCUGGUAACGCGGGCCUCAUGUACUGGAACAGGACGGCAGCCGGUACCGUACGGGAAGAGAUGCCUCUGAGCUCGAUAACUCGGGGCACGAGUGCCCCCGCGGCGACGGUGGAGAGCGUGAACCCUGGCACGAGCACGAGCACGAGCACGCAGAUAACGUCGACCUGCUGCACCCCGCCGCCGUCCUACCACAACAUCAACUUACCCCUAGGCCAUCCUUCCACGUUGACCAACGAGCGUGGCGCGCCACCCUCGUACGAAGAGGCGAUAGAUCCUAAUGCACCGCCGCCGUCCUACGAUUCCCUGUUCGGUCGUAUGAGAGAAGCCCGUAAAAUAUCCAAAGGCAUAUUCGAUUUCUUAAAGAAUAUCGUUGUCCUGCUCCUAGGCACAAUCGGGUGUACCAUCAUUCUCGGAGUGACGAUAGUGGUACCAAUUUGCAUGAUGGUGAUCGGUGGACUGUAUCUUUACGAUUGUCCACAGGGUGAAUACAUUCCCGUAUACUUGUUGGUAGGCGGUGGAUUCGGAGUAUUUAAGCAAUUGUUAACUUUGUCAGCCAGAGUGCGGCAACGCCAAGAGGAAAGAGACGAAGAAAGGAUCAGACAAUCGCCUACGCAGACUCUGAUCAAUUGUUUUAUGCUGGGAUGGUUCAUUAUUGGUUCUAUGUGGGUAUACAAGGAAUACGAGCCAAACUAUGAUCCAGCAUUGGGAAAGUAUUGCAAUAAGACGCUAUAUUUAUUCGCCUUUUGGCUGAUUACGUCGGUCUACAUAUGCAUGGGUAUUAUAACUGCCGGUCUGUGCAGCAUCUCCGUAGCUAGCAUCGCCUUUCAGAGACCACCGUCGGACUUGAUGUGAACGAGCGUUGUUUAGCCGCUUCGUGUCCGCGCCUCCGAAAUGACAAUGACGCGCAUCUAGGAUGUUUUGCGCCGUCGACGUAGUCGGGACGGUAUUUAUCGAAUGAAGAGAAAUCCUUGUUAUCUACGCGCCCACAUGGAUAAUAAGCGUGCGCACGUUCGCAUUGUACGCACUACCGUCUCAACACCGUCCCCCCGUUUCCCCUUACUGCUCGAUAAAUACGAACGGCUCGUUCUUAUAAACGUAUCAAGACAUCGACGAUCGGAAGUUGAAAUACUGAAAGCUCCAACUUGUACAUAGAUCCGCCGAAUACGCGUGCCGUAUAGGAGAAAGAAAAAUCUCAUUUUGGGAGCGAAGCGACAACGAGUUACUCGCCGACGGAGAGUGGCGCGCGACGAGUCGCUUCGCGCGAUAGAGCGCAAAAAUUUCGUCCACGUUUACGUACCUGAGAUGCUUAAACGACUAUUUCGAAGAAAAUCGUUGGCACGUUAAACGCACACUAGAUGUUCGCGCGGACGCGUCCGCGCGCGAUAUAAUAAGUUUCAAGCAAGAUCGUGUAAAUGACUUGUAACUUGCAGUCGCACAACGUUUGCAACGAUGCGCAAAUGAGCGCGCGGUAGUCGAUCGACACGUCGACUUUGCGAGAUUUCCGAUGCCCAUGCCGUAAGAAAUCGGUGAAAAAAGAAAAAUACAUCCAAGUUUAGUUGUGUCUCUCUUUCUUUCGCCUCUCGACGUAAACGAGACGAGAGGCGAGAGAAAGUAUCGCGUCGCGUUUUUCGCGAAUUUUUAAAUCUUGUGCCAAGUGGACGCCAAGUCGCAGACCAAAGUAUUUUGCUAUCACGAUGUUGCUCGCGCUAGCGUCAGUGCUCUCGAUCCAAGGGACGAGCCAAGUGCGAACGCGCGCGCGCGCGCGACUCGCCCUACGCUUAGCACAACAGCGUUGAUAACGCUUUGGUACGACGCCGACGGUCUAACAUAAUUCUACUGUAUAAAUGUUAUAGUCAUCGCAUCGUUAUCCCGCCAACACUUUUUAAUCUGUGUUAAGCACUUUAUGAACUUUAUGGAUUCGACUAUAGUACGCACUCCGCUUACUCGUGACUCGUAACUUGAUGUUAAAAGACUGCGAUCUCUUACGCGACAAUUUUAUCUAUUUAUUCGCCCUCUUCUCCGUCCUUUUACGUCUCUAUAGAUCUCUCUAUUCGACUCUUAUGUCUCUUGACAUGAUUCGUUUUUUUACAAAGAUCAAGUCGCGCGAAGCAAUCACGUAGAAAAGUAUACGGGCGUAUAAAUAUUAUAUGCGUAUGCUCCUUUGAAACAUGUCUUUAUCUUAAAAGCUGACAACUUAAAAAAAAAAAAGACAGUAUUCGCCAGUAUUGCUGCGGAGCUUGCUAUCACCGAAAAAUCAGCACGCUCCGUCGGUCGGGUCGUGUAAUAUGACGUCAUGACGAAUUUGUGAUUCGAUUAAAUGAUUGUAUUAUCAGAUGUAUUACGAAAUAUCGCUGUACAUAACUUGAUACUACCGUUCCUUCCACAUUCGUUCAACUCGAGUCAAUUUUUCCCGACUGAAGUUUAGUCUUCCUCCCUCAGUCCUUAUGUUUUGGAAACGUACGUAUCCUCGGCAUAAAACUAGGCGUAAGCUUAGGCGUAGACGUAAACGUAGCCAUAUAAACGUAGACGCAGGCACAGAGUAUACGUGUGCCUGUGUCGCUCAAUGGCGCGCCUCAUGAACGUGCUUGUGUUGCAGAACGAUUAACAAUAUAACCGAGCUUGCGCUUUCAAUUUUGCAUAAAACAUGUUGAAAAAAUAUGUAUAUAAUUCCAUCGCGAUAUAUAUAUAUGUAUACAAACAGACACACACACACACAGACACACACAUGUAUAUGUAUACAUUAACGUACCGUCGCAGCAUUCGACACUGCACCAACUCGAGAUUGAUUGUAAAUAAUGUUAAACUCGAGUAUGUAUAUACUACUCAAGUAUAUAAUUGUGAACACGGUAUCUUGCAUUUAUUAUAUUAUUACAAUAUAAACACGAGACUACGUUCCGACGAUGUAAUAGCAUUCCUACGUUUUGCAUGGCGUACACAUGUACACACAUUCGUUGUUAUAAUUUCCUAAAUAAAGCGCUUAAAAGCA